AUGACCAAUUGCUGCAUUUUGGAGUUACCAAAUAUCCCUGGAGAUAAUGGGUAUCCAUUUAUUCAGGCUAAUCGGUUCUUAAGGAGGUCUUCAACAUAUGGAGGUGUUCCAAAAGGGCAUUGUGCAGUGUAUGUAGGAGAGAGCCAGAAGAAGCGAUUUGUGGUGCCAGAAUCAUACUUGAGCCAUCCUUUAUUUCAAGACUUGUUAACUCGAGCUGAAGAAGAGUUUGGCUUCGAUCAUCCAAUCAGUGGUCUCACAAUACAUUGCAAAGAGGACAUGUUCGUUGUCUUACUUCCUGCUGUGGAGAUCAUGAGUAUCUGGGAAGGGUGUGAAAGCCAAAGCAACCUACAUAUAUCAGUAGCUACUUUCCGCUCAAUAUGGAGUUUUGAAACACGACUAAAAAAGAAAGUAAAACGAACAAAUUGA